ACCUGCUGGAAAUAACCCACCCGUUGGGAAUAACCAACCUGCUGGAAAUAACCCACCCGUUGGGAAUAAUAACCCACCCGUUGGAAAUAAUUCCCCUGGAAAACCAGCAGCAAUGACAGACAGCGAGAGGGAGAAGUCCCAUGCAGAGGCCAACGCUCAUGCUACUAAAAUGGUACUAAUAGCUGGAGUUCCAAUGGUUGGUAUACCGAUUAUAAUCUGUAUUAUCAUUUUCCUGAUAAUAAAGAAGAAGGAUCUCGCCGAAGAUAAAGUGCGAGCAGGUCAGAUUGCACGUGGUGAACUUGUAAGAAUACCAAGUAGCGAAAUCCCCGAACCAGUAUAUCCUCGUACACAUUGGAAAUACAAACGUAAAAUGAGACAACUCGGAUACUAGGACGUUAAUUAAAAUUAUAUUUAGGCUACAUGUUAAACUUGCUGACGUGGCUACUUGCAUAUAUAGAAAUAUAAAUGUGUUUUCUCAGUUUCUCAGAUUUUAUACAAGUACUAGGCUACAUGUCCCUAUGGAAUAGUUAGUAAACUAAAUAUUCGAUAGGCUAUUUUUUAUCCGUAUGCCGAUUCCCCUCACCUUCGCUCGGCUAUCAUAUUGUGGCGUUUAAAGUUGUACUACUCCACAUAUAUAUAAUAUAUUCAUGCAUUUCAUUAUGUUAUCAGGUAUAAGUCAGCACGUAUCUGUUUUCGAGGCAAAACUGGUUUAAACUUCAGAACUGUUUCACGUCAUCAGGUGACGUGAUUGUAAAAUGACGCAUCAAAAGUUUAUCAAUUUGCCGCUAAAUACGAUUUGAUAAAUAAGAAUGAAUACUAGCCUCAAAAUCGAGUUGUUCACUCUUAGAUUGAUUAAUUAUGCAAAUGGUGCACCAAAAAGUUUGGUAGCUAAUAAUUCAGAUUUCCAGUCAUUUUUCAAAUACGUUGACAUUCCAAUCAUCAAAUAUUCCACUAUACAGUGCAAAAACACAUCAUCUUUUUAACACCAUUGUGAUUGUGAGGAUUGAA